AGUUGCCGAGGGAGCAUUCCUCUUUCUGCUUCAGAGCGGACAGCAGCUGGUGCAAGCAGAGCGGCUCUUUUCUUCUAAGUUUUUACACUACGGAGCUAAUUUGCCAGAAGCACAACAUUCCGAUAACUCGCUAUGGCGCACCUGCAAUUUAAAGAUGCCUUCUGGUGUAAAGAAUUCACUGUUCAUGCUGGAUAUGAGGUGCUUCUGCAGCGAUUGCUGGAUGGGAGAAAGAUGUGCAAAGAUGUGGAGGACUUGAUCAAGCAAAGGGCACAAGCGGAAGAACGGUACGGGAAGGAGCUGGUUCAAAUUGCUCGGAAAGCAGGAGGCCAAACGGAAAUCAACACUCUGAAGGCUUCAUUCGAAAUCCUUAAACAACAAAUUGAAAGUGUCGGGAACUCUCACAUCCAGUUGGCAAUCAUGCUGAAGGAUGAACUGAAGGGCCUAGAAGAAUUUAGAGAAAGACAGAAGGAACAAAGGAAAAAGUAUGAAAGUACAAUGGAACGGGUGCACAAGAACAAGCUCUCAAUGUAUAAGAAAACCAUGGAGUCGAAGAAGACGUACGAACAGAAAUGCAAAGACGCCGAUGACGCAGAGCAGGCCUUUGAGAGGAUCAGUGCUGUGGGCAACCAGAAGCAAACAGAAAAGAGUCAGACGAAAGCAAAGCAAUGCAAAGACGCUGCAGUUGAAGCAGAAAAAGUGUAUAAGCAGAACAUAGAAACACUGGAUCAGGCUAGGACGAAUUGGGAGCAAGAACAUAUUGGCGCAUGUGAGGCUUUUCAGCUCCAGGAAUGUGAUCGGAUCACCAUCCUACGGAAUUCUCUGUGGGUCCAUUGCAAUCAGCUCUCCAUGCAGUGUGUGAAGGAUGACGAGCUAUAUGAAGAGGUCCGACUGAACUUGGAGAAUUGCAACAUAGGCUUGGAUAUGGAUUGCUUUGUUCAGAAUAAAACGACAGGAACGGAGCCUCCAGCUGCCAUUGGCUAUGAGAACUAUUAUGAAAGAGUAGUGCCUGCUAAACCCUGCGGCAGCCCGAUCCAGACUUGUGGAAUGAUGAAGAGGUUCUCGGGAUUGCUCCAUGGAAACAGUCGAAAUGCCACAGAAAGUAUUAUUCCUCCAGCGCCUCCAGCUGUUGAGAAAGCAGAUGGUGUUUAUGCAGCCAUUCGCGUGACCCAAGAAGAAGAAGCUGAUCUACCCCAGGACUACAGAGUACUCUACGAUUACACAGCCCUGAAUGAGGACGAGCUGGAUAUUCGAGCAGGUGAUGUCGUAGCCGUCAUUGAAGUGGGAGAGGAUGGCUGGUGGACUGCAGAGCAGAAUGGCCAGCAAGGAUUUGUGCCGGGGUCCUACCUGGAGAAAGUUUGAUGAGAGGAGCACUCUUGAAUGCUUAUCUUUUUUCCCUAUUCCUCAACCAGAAAUGUCAUAAAAUUCACUCUUCAUAUUUGCCAUCAAAUGAAGGCCUUCAAUUGCACUCUUUAACUUUAGUAUAAAGAGCUCCCUGAUGCCAAUUUUUUUUUAAAAAAAGCAGCACAACUCCCAAAUACAUCUUGAUUUAUGUAGUUUAAAAUUCAGACUGUUUUUCCCCCGAGCCUAAAAGUUUCUAUGUUCCAAAAGAUUCUUGCUAGGGUCUACAGACAGAGCAAAGCUAGAGCCCUACUUGUUCUAAAAUUGUGAUCCAAUGGAAGUUUUACAGCUGGCAUAUGGAUAGAACUUCAAAGCUGCAUGGAACCAGUUUUUACAAAGGACAGCUUGCAAAACUGCCUUAGCUAGUCCCUUACAGAAACUGUUGUUCCUUUGACCCUGAAGACAAUCCUCACUCAGAACAUGGCAGGCUUUAAUAAACCACUUCAAGUGCAUUUUUGAUUUUCCUCAUCCCUUUGUUCUUUACUGGUGCCUUCCCUGCUCUUUCCCAUAACUGGAAUCACAACAUGUAGAUCAAACUAACCCUUUCCCUUUGUCUGCAAUUAUCUGUGUGAGAUGAAGCAGAGGGGCCUGUUAUCAGAGCUAAGGUUUGAUACUCAGUUGAAAUUCUCAGCUGUUGGGAAUUGAAAUGCGCUUACAGUUGUUCCAACAAGAUACCAACCAUCUAUCCCCACAACCACCAUUUGGGAUUCCAGCAGCUGGGAAUUUGAAUUCAAAUAGCAAGAAGCUAGUAGAAGAUGCAAGAAGUAAACAGGUGAUCUGUUCUGAAUAUCCUUUUUACAUACUAAAGCAGGCUCCUUGGAGAGGUCUAAGGAUUUCCUUCUUUGCAAAGGGAUCUGUCAGCCCCAUCCUAUAACGCUUGCUUUGAACACACUGGUGCCUGCAAGGGCCAAUUAACACAAUGUGUUAAUCAUACAGUGACUGUAUGAUUUAUCAUUUGUUAACUAGCAUGAACAAAGUACUGGUCAUCUUUGAUAAAUCACAAUCGGGACCACUGUUGGUCUUUCACUUCACAGGCUUGUGUAUCAGGUAGAAAGUGAGGAUCUACUAUCUGAAAGAGAAUAUUGCAAUACAUAAGAGUAAUUCAAACUUUUUUUGUUCAAAUCUUAUUUCGUUGAUGAAAACAUUAUUGGUUGAAAUGUUAUACUUAAAAAUGUAGACUUAAAUACUUAA